AAAUCCAAUAUGGCCUCGCACUAACCCUUUUUCUAUAAUAUCGGUCUGAAUUUGCACUGUUAUUAAAUACAUAUUGGCCACGAUGUCUACACGUUCGGCCAGAACUACUCGUUUAAAAACAAGAAAUCUUAGGAAAAAAGUUCAAUCUAAGUCUACAUCGUCCAAGUAUCGAAAUACAGAAUUCUUUGCAGCUGAUGCUGGUGGUUCAAAUGAAGACACAUCCAACAGAUACUACCUUCGGCGUCGUAGAUCACAUAGUACUGAUGGUGUUCCAGGAACAUCUAACUCAGAUCAGUCUCAACAACCACAAAAAAAGAGAAGAAAAUCAAAUGCCAACCCAGCAUUACAACCACAAGGUCGUGUUGCUGCUCGCUACCUGCAGCAUGAACUGCCGGACGAGGUGAUGUUUUACAUCUUUUCAUUUCUCAAAGAACUAGAUUUGUGUAGUGCUGCCCAAGUGUGCCAGAGGUUUCGGGCUAUCACAAAUGAUCAUGAACUAUGGAAAGUACUUUACAUGGAAGUGUUUGAGUAUGAAUCCCCUUUGAUGAACCCAGAACCACGUGUGUUCCAGUUUGUUUCAGCAGAUGAUCCAAACUAUGACAACCCAUGGAAGGAAAGUUUUAAACAACUGUAUCGAGGUAUUCAUGUUUCACGACACAGUGUCCCAGUGUGUGAAACCUUAAAAGGCAAACGGAUGAAAGGCAGAAACAUUAUUAAAUUCGACACCAUUGAGUCGGCUUAUAACUUUGCUGACACAGAGGAGUUGGAGGAUGCCCUGAUCUUUGUCCACUCAGGUGUUUACCAUGGGGAGUUCCUGCUGAUAGACUCACCCGUCUCCUUAAUUGGUGCUGCACCUGGCAAUGUAAUGGACCAUGUUAUCAUAGAGCGAGAAACAGAAUCUACCAUAAUGUUUGUUGAAGGCUGCAGACGGGCUUACUUGGGCUAUGUAACACUUAAAUUUUCUCCUGAUAGCACAUCCACCGUCCCACAUCACCGCCAUUAUGCCCUGGAAGUUGCAGAGAACACACAGCCUAUCAUUGACCAUUGUAAAAUAAAAAGUUUAUCUGUUGUUGGAGCAGCUGUUUGUGUGUCUGGUCAGAAUGCUGACCCUACCAUCAUCAACUGUGUCAUACGGGACUGUGAAAAUGUUGGUCUCUAUGUGACUGACAAGGCUGAGGGAGUGUAUGAAAAUAAUGAGAUUAGUGGCAAUGCUUUAGCUGGGAUCUGGGUUAAAAAUGGGGCCAACCCCAUAAUGAGAAGUAAUCACAUACACCAUGGACGUGAUGUUGGAGUGUUUACCUUUGAUAAUGGAUUGGGCUACUUCGAUAACUGUGAUAUCCACGACAACCGCAUUGCUGGCUUUGAGGUUAAGGCAGGAGCAAAUCCUACUGUAAUUCACUGUGAGGUUCAUCAUGGCCAAACUGGGGGCAUCUAUGUGCAUGAGAAUGGAAGGGGACAGUUCAUUGAGAAUAAGAUCCAUUCCAACAACUUUGCUGGGGUGUGGAUAACAUCCAAUAGUGAUCCUACCAUCAGAAAAAAUGAGAUUUACAAUGGUCAGCAAGGAGGAGUCUACAUAUUUGGUGAUGGAAGAGGGUUAAUAGAGCACAACAAUAUCUAUGGCAAUGCAUUAGCCGGUAUACAGAUCCGCACUAACAGCAAUCCUAUAGUCAGGCACAACAAAAUCCACCAUGGUCAACAUGGUGGGAUCUAUGUGCACGAAAAAGGCAAAGGGCUAAUUGAAGAGAAUGAAGUCUAUUCUAAUACAUUAGCUGGAGUUUGGAUCACAACAGGUAGUACCCCUGUCCUACGGAGAAACAGAAUACACAGUGGAAAACAGGUUGGAGUGUAUUUUUAUGACAAUGGCCAUGGGGUGCUGGAGGACAAUGACAUCUUUAACCAUCUCUACUCAGGUGUUCAGAUCAGGACAGGAAGUAAUCCAUUUAUUAGAAAAAACAAAAUCUGGGGCGGUCAAAAUGGGGGUAUCCUGGUCUAUAAUGGUGGCCUAGGCAUGAUAGAGAGCAAUGAGAUCUUUGACAACGCUAUGGCUGGCAUAUGGAUCAAAACAGACAGUAAUCCUGUGCUACGUCACAAUAAAAUACAUGAUGGCAGAGAUGGAGGGAUCUGUAUAUUUAAUGGUGGCAAAGGUCUGCUAGAAAACAAUGAGAUAUUCCGUAACGCACAGGCUGGUGUGUUGAUCAGCACACAGUCCCACCCCACCCUCAGACGUAACCGAAUCUUUGAUGGUCUGGCUGCUGGUGUAGAGAUCACAAACAACGCUUGUGCCACGCUGGAGGAGAAUAAAAUAUUUAACAACAAAUUUGGUGGUCUGUGUCUAGCUACUGGUGUGGAGCCUAUUAUGAAAGACAAUGUCAUUUUUGGCAACCACAACAUGGUGGACAGAGCGGUCAGUUCUGGCCAAUGUUUGUACAAAAUCUCCAGCUAUACCAGUUUUCCCAUGCACAAGUUCUUCAGGUGUCGAACAUGUAACACAACAGAGCGCAAUGCAAUUUGUGUGAACUGUAUAAAUACAUGUCAUGCGGGCCAUGAUGUAGAAUUCAUUCGCCAUGAUCGUUUCUUCUGUGACUGCGGUGCUGGAACACUGAGCAAGCACUGCCAGCUACAAGGGGAGCCCACUCAGGAUACUGACACUUUAUAUGAUUCUGCUGCACCCAUGGAGUCCCACACAUUAAGGGUCAACUAAAUUUCAUUGACUGCUUACAGUGCUGGAGUGGUCUCUGGCAGGAAAUGGACACCACUGGACCAAGGUUGGUCACCUCAGGCUGAGCCAGCUGUGGUGUAGGACCAGCCACCAACCUCAGGCUGAUGAGGGCCAGUGGAUCAGACUCUACCUAUUGUGAUAAUUGGCAUUUUUCUUUCUUUGUGUGUCCUGUGUAAAUGAUUGGAGACAAGAACCAGCACAAAACAGAGAGAAUUAUUUAUUUGCUAGCAGGUAACCUUGUGUCUAGGAUAGUGGGCUGUCUCUUGUGUCCAUCAUACAGCGGAGAACCCAUCAUCUGAGACCUGGUCAGUCAAUCAAGCUUCAAUUGUUACAGGAUUUAUAAGUCACUCUACUGUACAUUUGAAAUAACUUGUUUCAAUUGUAAGCAAUGAGUUCAUAUCUUGUAGUAAAUGUGUUGUCGAAGAGAAAAGCAAUUCAUUUUUCUUUUGUACAUUUAUUUAUUUUCCUUUUGACAUUUUUUAAAAUUCUAGUGUAUGUUCUAUCAUAAGUUUAAAAAUUAUGAAAAAUGUUUACACAAAAUGAUACACCAACAAUAAUGGCAUUAUAAAUAUUUGGUCACUUUUCCUAGACUUGCUGAGCAGCGGUUGAAGACAUGAUAUUUUGUAUGAUUGUGUACAGUUGGGCACCAGAGGUGCUGUGUAAAUAGUUUCUGACACUGUACACUAGUUUGAUCUGAACUGAUUCUUCUAUUUGUAGGUCCCUAUUAUUAUUGUAAUCAAGAGUUAUUUCUCUUACAUGUAAUAGGCACUCCAAAAGCUCAUGUAUCAUCUAAUAUAUGUAUAAAAAAAAGUAAAUAGAAUUAUUCUAUUGCAGUUGAGACAAGCCAUAGAUGAAAAACUUCCAAUUAUUUUAAAGUAAUUUUUGUACCAUUGAACAUAUUUAUACGUAAUCAUACAUCACAGGUAAUACUUGAAGAAAGACAUUGUGGUUUUGUACCUGUAUAUGAAAUGAUUUUGUCAUCCAUUCUAUGAGCAAUGUUUUCUACUUGGUGAUACCCACAGAUGGGUUGCUAAUGUAAACAUGUCAGCAUUAGGAACCAUGCCAAGACUAGUUGGAACCAAAGAGAGAGAGAGAGAAAUAUUUUUGUAUGGAGUAGAAUUGAUUUAUUAGCAAUAACUUGCUCCACCCCAACCACAGCUUGCUCUCAUCCUGGCCUGAUUUCUUCUCUCUAGUUUCAUGCUUCUCCCCUUAGUUUUAGGGGGAGGGGUCUAAUUUUAGGCUGACCAUGAUUGCUAGAAAUGUUGUGUAUGUGUGGAGCAUGGUCAGGGUCAACCAUGAGUGGUUGAAUGCAGGGGUGUUGUGAUAUAAAGCUGUGACCUUUUUUUUUGUUAUUACUAUAUAUUACAGCCUGGUAACUUGGUGUAUGGGGGGUGU